UACACAUAACACAUCCAAAUAAUUCCCAGACAACUAGUAUUGUCUGACUCAUAGAUCCGAUGGGUUUGAAGCUUUCUUGCAUCCACCACCACAGCAGCCUGUCGCGGCAGGCGCACCUGCCGGCCUCGCCGGCGCCGGCCAGGGUCAUCGCCACAGACGGAUCGCUGAAGGAGCUCCCGGCCUCCUCUCCUUCUACCGUCGCUGACGUUCUUGGCCGGAGCAGCGACGCGGCGGCGUCGUCGUUCUUCGUGUGCAACUCCGAUGCGCUCUACUUCAACGAGCGCCCACCGGCGCUGCCUCCCGGCGAGGUGCUCCAGCCGGGGAAGAUAUACUUCGUGCUCCCGGCGGCCAUGCUCAAGAGGCCGCUGUCGACCGCCGAAAUGGCUGCGCUGGCCGUGCGGGCGACCACGGCGCUCGCGUCCAGCACCAAGCCGAGGCGUCACGAACGGCGCGGUGUCCGUGGCGGCGGCAAGAUGAUGGCCGUUCGCGUCAUGCCCGUGCGUGAGGAAAUGGAGGACGGCGGCGAGGACAUCUUCAACGAGAAGCUGAACCAACAGACGCUGGGGGAGUUCGGGAUGUUGCUGAGCCCAGCGAAGGACGAGAAGUUUGCAGCCGCCACGGCGACGUCGAGGCUCAAGCGGGCGCUGAGCAUCAUUCAAGAAGACGCCGAAUGAAGCUAGCAACAGGCUGUGGUCGAUCUCAAAUACUUUUGUUCUUUCCAGAAACUUAAUUUGGUUAUAGAAAAUGUCUACAAAUGUUGAAAUGUAGAAAAUAUAGGGUAGAAAAUGUCUACAAAUGUAUAUAUGACAUUCCAGCCUAUACAUAAUUCAGUAGUUGCCAAACUACAAGAACUUGUAAGUAACCUGAUUUGUUGUUUUUUUUUGUUUCAGUGUACAAUUCUCCAUUUUCUGUAUUGUAGAUUUUCUACAACUGUGCAACAGUGAAGAAUUUUCACGGGCUGAAAUGAAAUUUGAAUGAUUCAAACUUCGUGUGAGCAUGUGUGGGCCAUGACUGAUGGACUGACCUACUGAAAAUGACAUU